AUGAACGCCAACGAUGGAGAGGACACGCAACUGGAUAAUGAUGCAUCCCCCACGAAAAAUGACAAAUCGAAUAAACCCAAAACACAUUUACGGAAGGCAGCUGGCGUUGUGUGGAAGGACCCAUCAAUGGAUGACUGGCCAGAAAAUGACUUUCGAAUUUUUUGCGGAAAUUUGGGAAACGAAGUGACUACGGACAUUUUGGCCAACGCCUUUAGAAAGUACAAAUCGUUUAACAUGGCAAAGGUAAUUCGUGAGAAAAGGAACAACAAGACGAAAGGCUACGGUUUUGUGUCCCUCUCGAACCCUGAAGACAUGCUAGAUGCAUUGAAAAAUAUGAACAAUAAAUUUAUUGGCAAUAGACCAAUCAUAGUUAAAAGGAGCAAGUGGAAAGACAGAGAAGUGGACUCCAAAAAAAAUAAAGACUUCGAUAGCUUCGUGCAGAACACCUAUGUUCCAUCCAAGAAAUUUAGGAAAUUCAAAAAACCCGUCAAAAGUGAUCAUAAAGAAGUGCACGACAAAUUGAUAAACAAGAACGUAAACAACUACUGA